GGAAGAUGUCUUGAUAGCUGACAAAAUGUAAUAUGUAUAGUGCUAUAUAACUAUAGCGAGAAAAAACGGCAAUGCAUAAUUUUUCUAACAGAUUCUUGAAGAACAUCUUUUGUAGGUGCAUCAUUGUGAAUUUCUGAUCGUCUGGAGUGAAUCAAUAUCAACACAAUGAUUCUACUUAAAAGAUAUUUCACCAAGAAGUGUACAUUGCUGUUAAUCUGUUGCGUGGCGUGUUGUCAUUUCAUUUUAAAUGCUGCAUUAAAUCUGAUUGGUUCAAAUCACCAGGGAGGUGUUGUCAUGGUUACUGCAUCCCCCUUGACUACAACCAUUUCUAAUUAUUUUGUAGUCAAGGCAACGACCGAAUCUUAUGCUAUUACAACAAAUUCCAGUGUUCAGAUGUGGAAAACGCCAAGCGAUAACCCGUUAUAUUUCGUUCCUCGUAGUGAAAGAGUAACCCCGCUUGAUUUUGAAAUAUUGAUAAAGAACAAGAAUGCAUGUUCGGAUCCGCCAUUUUUAUUAAUUCUCGUAUUAACUAUGCACGAGCAUGCAGAGGAAAGAGAAGUAAUCAGGCAGACAUGGGGCGGUUUGGCUUAUGGAGAAAAAUGGCCUCGAAAACAUAUUACAGACAACAUCAAAAUUGUGUUUUUAUUGGGGAAACAACCAAACGAUACUUUAAAUGAAAUAGUUUCAAAAGAAUCUGAAGAACACAACGACAUUGUACUAUUUGGUUUUCAGGAAUCUUACUAUAAUUUAACCUAUAAAGUAUUAAUGGGAUUUAAAUGGGUCAAAGAAUUUUGCCCGCUGGCAAAAUUCGUAAUGAAGGCGGACGAAGACUCUUUUGUUGAUAUUCCUAAAGUGGUUAACAGGCUUCAUUCAAAGGAUUGGAAUACUAAAAUCAGUGGUUAUUAUUUUGCAAAUGACAAAGCAUAUCGGAUUGGUAAAUACAGAGUGUCUAAUACUGUAUAUCCAUUUGUGUACUACCCACCUCACGUAAAGGGCAAUGCUUAUUUCAUGCCUACAACUUUUAUGAUGCGCCUACUGAAUGUGUCUGAAUAUAUGCCGUAUUUAAACAUGGAGGAUGUUCAUAUUACUGGUGUUCUUGCCCUGGCUGCAGGCGUUAAUCAGUACAGGGCGUUUGCUAAGGAGGAGUUCAGUCCCUUUGGUAUGGUUCGCGUCUGUGACUUCAGUCGCAGUAGGCUUGUCGUAUCGGCUUUUGUUAGACCUCAACUGGCGCGAGAACUCUGGACAAGAAUGCACCUCAAAAGUUUCUGUAAAAAUUCCUAUCAUCUGUAAAUUAUAUUUUUGUAAAUUAAAAAUAGAGUUGUUAUUAUUUAAUAUUGACCAUGAGUAAGGCUGUGAAUAUUGCCCUGUCUGUUUUAGACACUUUUAUUUGUAUAAGCCAAAAUUUUAACAUUUUAAAAAGAAAGUAACGCAAUUUUAACAGUUUUCACUCUUUCCUGAAAGUAGCUGAGAAGUCUUGUUAAAAAAACACUGGUCUAUUGGACUUGUUCGUGUUUACCUACGAUCGCAGUCAGACGUUAAAACUAAUUUAUCUGUAACUUGCAAGUUCGCUUGACUCAUUCAAACGUGUUGAAAAUGGAUAUUACUAUAUUACUAAUAGAACUUACUCGUUUAGGAAAUUUGACAACAAACAAGCUAGUAUCAUUAAUUGAGAAACAGAGUGUAAUAUUAAAUCAUCGUGCAAUUACAACCGCUUUUGCCAGUGUCUUCCACGGCCUAGUACCGACCGACGUCCAAGAAACAGCAGUAUGAAAGUUUUAUUUACCCCGAACUGUUGCUCCUUUAUAUACCACUUGUUUCAAAAGUUUGGAAAUAUAUACAUAAUGCGACGAAUACAGAGAACAUACCGUACCUGUCAUAGCACGUUGUUGUCACCUUACACAAUAGACUCUGAACUCAGAAUCACAGUGAUCCAAGGGAGCUAACUACAGUAGGCUUAAACAAUGGGAAUUUCCGAUUGUGAUGAAUGAAUGAAUGAAAUGGGGUUUUAACGUUCAAAUUUUCUGCUCCGACUGGGCUAAUAAAGACGAGCAUACUCCGUGCUAUGAGGGAAGUUUUGCUAGGACAGCGGCGCUACGGCUCACUCUUACAUCGAAUUCCAACCAAGGGUCCUUUAACGUGCACGCCAACUCGGUUUUUCGUACCAUCCGGAAAUGAAACUGAAAUGAGAUUUAACGUCUGUCAAUAAUAUGCACGGGGCUACGCUUUUUCGUCCCACCAGAAUGAUUAGAAACUCUUCCAUGCCAGUCCAUCCAUCCUGCACCAUUGUUGGAACUAGGCUGGAACAACCCGGGGAGUUUUCUCUGUCAACACUAUACUCAUCAAGCAACAUUACCCCCAACGCACACCCACUGUUUCCGGUGUAAUGGUUUGGGGUCGGUACCGUAUUUAGCCUUAACAGGGGGGUCACGGUGGCUAAGUGGGUAAAGGGCUGGCUCGCUAUCCUGGAGGUCGGGUGUUCGAUCCUGCAUUGGCCGAGAAAGUUCAUCCAGAUUUUCCGGCGUGCCCCCCCACCCUUAUCAGUGCUACAGGACAGAGGACCUGACAAGGAAAGCUGUCUAGUCGUUCGGAUGGGACGAAACACCGAUAGUUGGAAUUCGAUGUAAGAGUAGGCCGUAGUGCCAUUGUCCGGCAAAAUUUCCCUCAUAGCACACUGUAUGGUGUAUGCCCGUCUUAGCCCAGUUCGGAGCAAAACAGCAGGACGUUAAAACCCAUUUCAUUUAGCCUUAACAUUGUUUGAACUAGACUGGAAUAGCCCGGAGAACUUUCUCUGCCAACAAAUACAACCCUGUACCUACCGCAGCACCCCAACCCUUCCCCCACACCUUUCUGGUGAAAUGGUUUGAGUCGUUACCUUAUUUAACCUUAACAGUUUUGCAGGCAUAUCGGUGUGCACACAUACGCUACAUUACAAUACCAGAGACUUUACAAUAAGAAGUAAAUUGGAAUUAAUGUAUACAAAUAAGAAUUCGAAAUAACAGUAGGCCGUAGCGCAGCUGUCCGGACAAGGGGAUCUCUUCUUUCUUAAAGAUUUUUUAUUUAAAAAAUGAAUCAACAUGAUAAAUCAAGUCUCGAAUGAUAUCGACUAGGUUGUCUGUGAAAUAAGAUAUAUAAAUAUUAUUGACACAGCGAGAUAGUUGCUUUUUCAGAAAAUUUUCCCGGAUUCCCGGAUCCACAUUACAAGCUCGUGUACUUUUAUAUUUAUUUUAUUUUAAGCAUAUAUUUUUUUUCUAUAGUUGAUCAAACAAAUAAGAAAAUCUAUAAUUAAUACAGUCGAUACUAUCAAUAUUGAUUCAGAUAGUAUCAACAAAUCAAAUUAAUAUAUCAUGUAAAACAACUUCUUUGAUAAUAUAAAUACUCAUUUAUCAUAAAUUGUCAUACAUCAUUUCAUUAUCUUCGAGAGUCAAUCUCGCUUAUAUGCGAUCUGAUCAAAAUUAAAAAAAAAUUCUAUUCGUUUAUUACAUUAACAUCGAACAUAUUUUCUUUGAAAUCCUGUUCAGAUCACGUGAAUUGGUUGAAUAAUUAAAUUGUUUGCAUUGAUACUGGCAGCAUGGCUUCACAGUGAGUAAUGGGAAAUUUAGUAUCACUGACAGAAAAAAAUGUUUGGGUAAAAUUUGAACUUUGACUAAAGUAUUUUUGAAACAGGUUUCGAGAAAUGUUUUGGUUCUGUUAUGUCAGAUCUUUUUCGACGUUUCAAAGUAAAAGUUCGGUGCUAAGACCACCGAAAGAUACAUUUUAAAUGUCCCUAUUAUUACUUAAAACAGCGCAUUAGUUUUUAUAUUUUAUGCUUACAUUUAUUGCUUUAAAUCUUACUAGUGCUAAAACGGAAAAUUUCACCUUUUUGCUCUUAUAAUUAAUGGUGGUAUUAUAUUUCAUUAAUUAAUGUCUUUGGCCAAUUGUACUAAAUAUGCACUAAAAAUAUAAGUGACAGGUUGACACAUAAAAAGAGUUAUAGAACCAAAACAUAGCAGGUUCUAUGUGCCGACAAAAUACAUGUGAUUGGUAAUUUACUAAUUGCAUCAUUUGGCUUAAAGUAAGCAAUCAUAUCCGUAAUUGCACAGGUUCAAGGUCAUGAUCAGGCUAUUCUGUGCGUGAUGUCCAUAUGUCCUAACAAAGAAAUCAUGACAAACUUUUAAGGCAGAUUUCAUUGGAUUCCGGAGAGAUUACCAUCUCAGUUCCUUGAUCCUAGAAGUAGCAACUUCUAUCAGCAGACUCAUCCCAGUGAGUCUGGCUGGUUAGUGUUUGAGAAUGGCUUUAAUAUUGUAAUCUAUACUAUGCUUGUAUCUAUGUAUCCGGCAA